ACACGUGUGUGAAGGAUGACGAAAACAGAGGUAGAAUUAACGGCGAUAACGCUCAUCAUCACCAGAAAGGAAGUUGGUAUUAUGGACACCCGACUGGAUCUAGCCUACUCUUAACUUCUACUCACGACAAUGCUUUCCGGCACAGCUUACCUCCUUUGCACCAACCCUCGAGUGUUAAGGGAGCUUACUGAGAGGGUCCGCGGCGAUUUCACGCAGAAUCGGACCUUAAACUUGGUUAACUUGCAACAGCGUCAGUUUCUUAACGCCGUGCUUUUGGAGUGUCUGCGCCUCUGCCUCCAGCCCCAGACUGUCUUUGCCGGAGAACCACAGUAUCGGAGACCUUAUCAUGGGGAAGUUCAUUCCCUCUCAGGCCUGUGUGACGAUGAAUCUAAGGGCCGCCAAUUGCUCUACGCUGAAUUUUCACCGCCCGAACGGAAUGAUUCCGGAAAGGUGGGUGAAACCUUGUCCAGCGGAGUUUCAGACCAGCGACAGAGAUAUCAUGAAGCCGUUUAGUUUGGGCCAUAGGGAUUGCUGGAGAAAGAAGCAGCUCCUCUCUUCAGUACCUCUACCCCAUUUCCCCCCUCUAUGGCGUCUUCUGGGAAGAAGCGAAAAGGGAAGAAGGGCGAGCCUUCGAAAG